AUGCCUCGAUCAUUCCUGGUGAAGAAACACUUCUGUGCCUCCAAGAAACCCAACUACAGCGAGCUGGAGAGCCAGACAGUGUAUAUCUCUCCAUUCCUCUAUGACAAAUACCCCAUACCUGUCAUUCCCCACCCGGAGAUCCUGACCACUGGAGCUUACUUCCCACCUUUGGUCUGGGACACCAGCUUACUUACUACCUUCUUCACCACUGACCCCGACUACAGCAAGUCCCCCAUUUCCAUGUCCAGUGAUGAUUCCAAGCCCCUGGACCUCACUUCUUUCUCCAGUGAGGACGACGAGGGCAAGACCUCCGACCCCCCCAGUCCGGCGUCCUCUGCCACAGAAGCUGAGAAGUUCCACUGCAACCAAUGCAACAAGUCUUACUCUACUUUCGCUGGACUGUCCAAACAUAAGCAACUGCACUGUGACUCACAAACCAGAAAAUCCUUCAGCUGCAAAUACUGUGACAAGGAAUAUGUCAGCCUUGGGGCCCUGAAGAUGCAUAUCAGGAGUCACACUCUUCCUUGCGUCUGCAAAAUCUGCGGCAAAGCCUUCUCCAGACCGUGGCUUCUCCAGGGACAUAUCAGAACUCACACAGGUGAAAAACCCUUCUCCUGCACGCAUUGUAACCGGGCCUUCGCGGACCGCUCGAACCUCCGAGCCCACCUGCAGACGCACUCAGACGUCAAGAAGUACCAGUGCAAAACCUGCUCCAGGACUUUCUCCAGAAUGUCACUCCUUCACAAGCACGAGGAGACGGGCUGUUCGGGAACCCACUGA